ACCUGGCGGCGCAGUCUCGCGGGAUCGGCCAGCUCUCGCUCCCCGGCGCGGCCCCGGAGGCGGUGGAGGCCCGGACGCUGCCCCCCAACCCCACCCCACCCCUCCCAGCCCCGCGGAGGGCGAGCCGCCCGAGAGGUUGACCCAGAGCUCCUCUUCAGGAAGCCGCUCCCCACCCACACACAAAAAAUGGCUAACACCGUGAGAUGAGAGGUUUGAAUGUUUGUCUCUGGAUGGAACAUCCCGGUGGCAGGGGCCUUUGGUGAAGCCGGGAGUGCGAAGGGAGAAGAUGGAGAUGUCUCCGUUUCUGUGGCUCUGCCUUUGCCUGCCCGCAGUGAGGGGACACAGCCUCUUCACCUGUGAGCCGAUCACGGUCCCCAGAUGUAUGAAAAUGGCCUACAACAUGACAUUCUUCCCUAACCUCAUGGGCCAUUAUGACCAGGGCAUUGCUGCGGUGGAGAUGGAGCACUUUCUGCCUGUUGCAAAUCUGGAAUGCUCACCAAACGUUGAGCUCUUCCUUUGCCAAGCUUUCGUACCAACCUGCACAGAGCAGAUUCACGUGGCCCCCCCUUGUCGUAAAUUGUGCGAGGAAGUGUAUUCCGACUGCAAAACCUUAAUGGACACUUUUGGGAUCCAGUGGCCUGAAGAACUUGAAUGUAACAGAUUGCCACACUGUGAGGAUACUGUUCCUGUAACUCCUGAUCCACACACGGAGCUCCUUGGUCCUCAGAGGAAAACGGAACAAGUCCCAAGAGACAUUGGCCUUUGGUGUCCAAAGCAUCUCAAAGCUCCAGGAGAACAAGGCUUUAAGUUUCUGGGGAUUGACCACUGUGCCCCUCCGUGCCCCAACAUGUAUUUUAAAACCGAUGAGCUAGACUUUGCCAAGAGUUUCAUAGGGAUAGUUUCCAUAUUUUGUCUCUGUGCAACUCUGUUCACAUUUCUUACAUUCUUAAUUGACGUCAGAAGAUUCAGGUACCCAGAGAGACCAAUUAUUUAUUACUCCGUCUGCUACAGCGUCGUUUCCCUCAUGUACUUUGUGGGGUUUCUGCUGGGCAACAGCACAGCUUGUAAUAGGGCCGAUGAGAAGCUGGAGCUCGGGGACACGGUCGUCCUGGGGUCGAGGAAUAAGGCCUGCAGCGUGGUAUUCAUGUUUCUGUAUUUCUUCACAAUGGCAGGCACCGUGUGGUGGGUCAUCCUCACCAUCACUUGGUUCUUAGCUGCAGGGAGAAAGUGGAGCUGUGAAGCCAUCGAGCAAAAAGCGGUGUGGUUCCACGGGGUGGCCUGGGGAACGCCCGGCUUCCUGACCGUCAUGCUGCUGGCCAUGAACAAAGUUGAGGGGGACAACAUUAGCGGAGUCUGCUUCGUUGGCCUUUAUGACCUGGACGCCUCGCGGUAUUUUGUCCUUUUGCCUCUGUGCCUCUGUGUGGUUGUGGGGCUCUCCCUCCUUCUGGCCGGCAUCAUCUCCUUAAAUCACGUCCGGCAAGUCAUACAGCGCGACGGCCGUAACCAAGAGAAACUGAAGAAGUUCAUGAUUCGCAUCGGGGUCUUCAGCGGGCUGUACCUUGUGCCCUUGGUGAUCCUCCUUGGUUGCUAUGUCUAUGAGCUUGUGAACCGGGUCACCUGGGAGAUAACUUGGUUCUCCGAUCAUUGCCGCCAGUACCGUAUCCCGUGUCCUUUUCAGGCAAACCCAGGAGCUCGACCAGACCUGGGUUUGUUUAUGAUAAAAUAUCUGAUGACAUUGAUCGUUGGCAUCUCUGCGGUCUUCUGGGUUGGAAGCAAAAAGACGUGCACAGAAUGGGCCGGCUUCUUCAAGCGGAACCGCAAGCGAGACCCCAUCAGCGAAAGCCGAAGAGUCCUCCAGGAGUCCUGCGAGUUCUUCCUCAAGCAUAAUUCUAAGGUGAAACACAAAAAGAAGCAUUGCAAGCCGGGGUCCCACAAGCUGAAGGUCAUUUCCAAGUCCAUGGGGACCAGCACAGGAGCGAGCGCAGACCACGGCACGUCCGCCGUGGCCAUCGCCGACCAUGACUACUUAGGACAAGAGACAUCCACGGAAAUGCAGACCUCCCCGGAUGCCUCCGUGGGAGAAGGGAGAGCUGACAAGGCAAAGGGACAGGACUGCGGAGGAGAACCGGCUUCCCCUGCCGCGUCCAGCUCCAAGCUCUCCGGGGAGCAGAGCAGCGGGAAAGUUCGAGCCGGCAGCGGGAAGGGGGAAAGCAGUGUGUCGGAAGGGGCCCCGAGCCACGGAAGGGCAAGUCCAAAGAGUGGCCUCGCUGAAACUGGCCUGGCGAAGGGCAACAGCCUGCAGGCCCCCAGUUCUUCAGAACCCAGCAGCCCCAAGGGCUCCACGUCUCUGCUCGCUCACCCAGCUUCCGGGGUUAGGAGAGAGCAGGGUGCUGCCGGCCACCAGGACACGUGAAGACGCAUUUUAUCUCGUUACCCCGGAAGCAAAUUCUUACUACACUGGAGACGGCAAUGCAUCUGUCUUUUAAAAGCACUGUUGAGCUGGGUGAGUAGCUCAGUGGUCGCUCACCCGGAAUACUUGAGGACCUAGGUUCAUCCCCCAGCACUGCAAAAAGAAAACUCACUGUUACACUCUUCUUUUGUACUCAAACCAGCCUUGUCUACUCUCUAGUUUUCGUUUGUUUGUGUGUUUGUUUGUUUGUUUGUUUGUUUUUGAGACAAGGUUUCUCUUUGUAGCCCUGGCUGUCCUGGAACUCACUCUGUAGACCAGAAAGUCCCACCUGCCUGAGUGCUGGGAUUAAAGGUAUACGCCUCUACCGCUUGGCUUUUUUGUCUACUGUUAUACUGGGGGGAAAAUGGAUUUCAAGAAUAGCACAAUGCAUUGAUACCUGAAAAAGCAGAAAUAUCCAGGUGAAUAAUAUUUUUAAACUGUGGGGUGGGGGGGUAUUAGAGGAAUCUUCUAUUUGUGAAGAUUCUAUCAUUAAAGUAUUUUAAGAUAUUUUAUGCUGUUUCACUCUUUUGAUACAGAACCAGGGUUUUUCUUUGCUGAAGUAUUUAAAACUUAACAUUGAACCUUUAUACACCCACACACAUACAUGUGAAAAUACACUCCAGUGUUUGAAAAUUUUUGAAAAGUCCUGGAAAAUUGAUCCAAAUAUUUUUAGGAUGUUACUCUAAUAAUUUAGCAACUUUGUUACUAUGGUAGCUGUUACACUGAAUUUUUAAGACACUUGUAAGACAGCGUUCUUUGUAGCACAGAGGGCAGGUAUUACACUGAAAGAUUUGGAAGAAGCCUUGAGCUUUCGAAGUCUCUCCACCUGACCUCUAUAUGUGUGACCUGUUUGCAUGUCGAUGUCUGAAGAUCCCACAGGGCUCUGAAGGGAGAUGCCUGCUGAGACAGAGUUCUUCUUGACUGUCCCGCCUCCUGCCCUCUGCGUCGUAAAUUGGCCGGUGAAAUGUUAGUCGUUUGUAAGUUAUGCCAAGCAUUCAGUUCCUUUUUUGGUUUUUCAAAGUUUCAUGGCCCCUCAAGAUUGAAUUAAAUCAUGGCCAUUUAUAGUUGCGCAUACUGUUUUAUUUUUAUUUUUGAGACAGGAUCUUACUAUGUAGCUCUUUUCUUUCCAGCUGUCUGGGAGGGAACUCAGUAGACCAGGCUGGCCUUGAACUCACAGAGUGCCACUGGCCUCUGUCUCCCAAGUGCUAGGAUUGAAGGCUUGAGCCACCACACCCAGCUUUCAUUCCUUUUUAAAAUUGAAACUUUAAUUUUUUUGAGAAUACUACAGACACAUUGUAUUGUAUCUUUUUCAGAUACUAUGCAAAAGAAAGUGUGCUGACAACAGUAGAGAAACAGUCGGGGAAAUGUAACCCCCCAAAUAAACAAACGUAGUUUGAACAACACUCUUGAAAACACUAAGGAAAUGUCUUUAAUUUUGUUUCUUAUUAAGUACUAUUUCAUGAGCAACGUCUUCUUGGAUGCUUUGGGCCUGUUGGAUCUUCUGCUAAAGUUUAAGUUACAAUUAUCAUGUACUGUAUGGAGAAUGCCGUAAAUACUUUUUCCACGUUUGUAAAACUUUGUACACAAGAACUUUUUUGUGUGACCUUUUUGUCAAUAAAAUUCUCUUUGUGUAAA